AUGAGUGCGAUUAACGUUACAUCGGCAGAUUUCAAUGUAACCGCGAGGUCUCCAUUAGAAGCGGCCCGCGAUGUGUACCGCCUCGCGGUUCCCGUCAUGCUUGUCGCCUGUUUAAUGUCGAUGGUCUUCAACAUUGUUAUAGUCGAGUCGGUUCACUGGCUGCGCCGCAGUCCUAGCCCGACGCUGUGCUUCAGCCUCAGUUUGUCAGCGGCGAACGCCUACGCGUCUCUGGUGCUUGGCGUCGGUCUCGUAGUGAACAGCCUUCUUCCGACCUUGUACCACAUCCAGCCUCCGGCCUGCUGGGCGCUGUCCCUGGAAGCAUUCCGGUUGACGGGUCUCAUCGCGUCAGUAUUUCACCUGCUGGCCCUCGCCGUGAACCACUACAUCGGCAUCUUGCGGCCUCUCCACUAUGCUGCAACUGUGACUCGACGCACUGUAUGGCUGACAACAGCAGCGAUGUGGCUUGUGCCCCUCUUUUUCUUCCUCUUGUACUUCAUAAGCGUUCCGGGGCAGGGAUUCCAGGUGGCAAACUGUCGCUACGACUUCAUCCUCUGGAGCCCAUUCCGCGUCACACUCUCCGGACUUUUCUUCAUUCCACUGGUACUCAUGUGCUUCAUAUACACACACAUCUUCGUGCUGGUUCGGCGCCACCAAAUGGGAACGGGCCUCUCCGCCCAGAUUCCGGGACAACUUCGCAGAAGCGUGAAGGCCGUCUACACCACGCUGCUGAUACUCGGCACUUACCUCAUAGGAUGGAUGCCGGCCGUACUCUUCUACGUACUGACAUGCCUCGAUUGUCCCUUGCCGAUCACAUCGUUGUCCUUCGACGUGCGCCUCACCUUCGGCAUACUCACCAACACACUCGUGUUGAUCAAGUCUUUUGUCGAUCCAGUCAUCUACGUAGUGCGCAUGCGUGAAAUUCAAGAGGCCUUCGUACUUAUGUGGAAGUCUCGCUGCGGCCUAGUGGAUGUGGCCCGAUCUUCGGUGGACCUCAUGCGGAUGGCUCACUCCCGCACAGACACGCAACGCAUUACGACCAAUGGGUCGCAGCACAAACAGCGCUGUAUUGCCCAGUUCAGCUAGCCCGACCGACAGCGCGGCGGACGGACAUCAAAGCAGCGGCAAAAUACCGCCGCAACAGCCUUGUAAACACGGUGUCGAGGCUCUCUCCGAGAUGUUCGAUGAACGGCUACCUAUAUAUCGCCAUCAGAAGAUGAAGACAGCAAAUAUUUGAAUAACGGUGUUAGAAAGACGAGGCGGGUGACGGGGCAGCUCGUCGGGACGAUUCCUCAUUGACCUGUCUCUACAGGAGCCAAUACAAAGCUUUCCAUCAGGUCAGUGUCCUAAAGCAACAGGGCACUUUACGUUUCUUUGUUUAUUAAGUGUGAAGAUUAUUUUA